CGCCCCGCGUCCGCCCCUCCUGCCGCCCCUCGGGUGCAGCCAGCCCCGGGCGACCAGUCGCGGCACGGGACUGCGAGACUCGGACCCUCUCCCCUCCGCGGUCGGCUCUCCGUCCGGCGCGCCCCGCUCUGCCAUGGAGGCCGCCCCGGACGCCGAGGAGGCGCGCACGGUGCGCGAGGCGCUGGGCAGCUACGAGGCGGCGCUGGAGGGCGCGGUGCGCGCGCUGCACGAGGACAUGCAGGGGCUGCAGCGUGGCGUGGAGCGGCGCGUGGCCGAGGCGCUGCGCCUGGCCGGCCCGCUGGCACGCACCGUGGCCGAGCUGCAGCGCGACAACCAGCGGCUGCAGGCGCAGCUCGAGCGCUUGACGAGCCAGGUGGAGGCGCUGGGCUUGGCGACCGGUCUGUCCCCCGCGCCCGACACGCCCGGCACACCCAGUCCCCCGCCCGCACCCGGGGUUCCGGACCGCGCGCCCCGCCUGGGCACCGCACGCUUCGCCAGCCACGCCACCUUCUCGCUGUCCGGCCGCGGCCAGAGUGUGGAUCACGACGAAGCCAGCGAGCUGGAGCUGAGAAGGCCCUCAAACCCGGGCAUCAUGGAGAACGGGCACCAGCCAGGGGCAGGUCCAGGCGAUGGACCCUCUGAGGUUGCCCAAACCUUUCCGGCACCGGAGCCCCCCAAGCCUCGCCCCGUGAGCCUCAACUUGCAGCUGCCCCACCAGCCAGUCACGGCCGUCACCCGUGUCUCCGAGAGGUUCUCUGGGGAGACCUCAGCCUCAGCUCUGUCACCCACAUCUGCUGCCAUGCUGGGGGGCUUCAGUUCGAGUCCCAGCGAAGCCACCACAUCCUGGACUCCCAGUCCAAGUGAGAAGAGUUCCUCUUUCACACGGUCUGUGUCGAGUUCUGGCUACGGGGCAGUGAUGGCAGGCAAGUGCUCCAACAGCCCGCUGCUGGUGACGCCACCUCAGUCACCCCCAUCCCUGCAGCCGCCAGCCACGACUCAGUCCCGUCGCCAGGGGGAGCGUCGCAGGGAGCUGGUGAGGUCACAGACGCUGCCCCGCACGUCGGAGGCGCAGGCCCGGAAGGCGCUGUUUGAGAAGUGGGAGCAGGACACGGCGGGCAAGGGAAAGGGCGAGGCUCGGGCCAAGCUGAAGCGGUCGCAGAGCUUUGGCGUGGCCAGUGCCAGCAGCAUCAAGCAGAUCCUGCUCGAGUGGUGCCGCAGCAAGACUCUGGGCUACCAGCACGUGGACCUGCAGAACUUCUCCUCCAGUUGGAGCGACGGGAUGGCCUUCUGUGCCCUGGUGCAUUCCUUCUUCCCUGACGCCUUCGACUACAACGCCCUGAGCCCCAUGCAGCGGCAGAAGAACUUCGAGUUGGCCUUUACCAUGGCCGAGAAUCUGGCGAACUGUGAGCGCCUCAUCGAAGUGGAAGAUAUGAUGGUGAUGGGACGCAGGCCGGACCCCAUGUGCGUCUUCACCUACGUCCAGUCGCUAUACAACCACCUGCGUCGCUUCGAGUAAAGCCCUUGGGCCGGGAGAGCCAAAUAGCAAUGCCAGGAAGAGACUGCGGGGCUGCUGGCGUUCCCCACAUCGGGAUGACCCCAGAAGAGUGUGGCCUUUGGGGCGAGCACGCUGUUUGUCCUGUGGCGUGUGACUGCGCUCCCCUUCACGGCCAGCUGUGUUCCUGAUUAAAAGCACCGCUGAGCCGUGCUCUGCCAGCCAAGGGCUCCGAGGAAAAGGAAAAAUUACCAGAGAGAGAGAAAGUGGUGCUAAAUCAUGAUCUUCCUAAAGAAAUGCUUGUCUCUGUAGAUGACCGAAUGCUAAAUUACGAUUUUCCCUCCUGUGAAUUGGAUACAUCGGCUUUACAGGGUUAUGUUGAUUACCAAGUGUUUUUUAUCAAAAUACCCAGAGUUUUUUUUUUUAACUUCCUUACACUAUUGUAGGUCUCUUUCCUCCCUCCCUCUGGGCAAGUGCCAGAAAACAGACCACUUAAUCAGCAGCUUGACAAAGAAGACUCAAGUCUAGGGAAGAAACAGUUUAAUCACUCCCAGGUCCUGGGCCACAGAUGAUCUUCAAGUCACCUGUGCUCUCCGGGGGAGAUGGGAAGGCUCUCACCUUGGUCCCCAAGUGCUCUUGUUCUUCUUAAGAGGCCCUGCAAGUGUUUGGCUAAGAAUAGGCUCUUUUGGGGAAGGAUAGGCCCUUUGUGCUGAGAGUUUUUAUUCACGUUUUUCUUGGGGAAUUUACUGCAAAUAUUUAUAAAAAGUAAUUCCAUCUGUACCGUUGACCCAGUUGUACAUAAAAAUAUGUGUCGAACUUUGCUUGGGAUUUGUUAUUUCUAUUUGGUAGG